UAUUGCAUAUUUAUAUAUAUUUAAAUAGAUGUCAAAGCAGGCGGGCAACACCAGGCUGUCAGACAGCAGCGGCAGCCCGAAGGCUGGUGCAGCUGGAAAGCCGGGGGGCUGCUGUGCUGGGCGCUGCGCAGGGCGCGGGCGAUCCCCCCGCGCGGCUCCCGAUCCGCGGUGCCCCGGCGGGGGACGUGUCCGGCUUCCCAAGCGAGCGGCGCGCAGGCGCCUCUCGCUCCCCAGCCCCGGUGAGAUGCUCCCGGACGUGGGAAGGGGAUCGCCCUGCCUUUCCCUGCCUCCUGCUUUAUCUCCGGCUCUACUGCCCCACUUUUCCUCCUCUUAGCCCAGUCUUCUGGCUGGAUCUCAUUAUUUUUUUUUUUCGUUGUUGUAGGUUGUAAUUUUUUUUUAAUGUUGCCCGCUCCCCGGGAGCCCGUUUGCCACCCGCUCUCCGUAGCUCCUGCUCCUCCAAAUAGCGGUAUCUGAAGGCAGACCCGCCUGUUGAUUAUCCCCCACUCCCCUUCUCUCCGCUUCCACCCACCCUCUGUCCCCACCCCUCCCUCCGCCUGAUUUCAAACCUUUGCAUGGUGUUUUGGUGUCAUUAGGAGAUUAACAUCCCUGGAGCACCAGGGGAGGAGGAGGAAGAGGAGGGUGGAGAGGGGAGAGAGAGAGAGAGACAGCAGGCAGGCAGGCAGGCAGGAAGGAAGGAAGGUUGGCAUAUUAACACGAGUGAGGCUCUCCUCCCGCCGUCCCAGCCACCCCGGCUCCUUGGUGGCAGCGGAGGGGGGCGUUUGCCGGCGCCGCGGGUUGCGGCCGGCAGCUGGCGGGCUGCGCCCGGUGCCCGCGUCCGCGGAGCUGCGGCGGCGGGGGCUGCCUGCGGGCGUGCGGCCGCGGCUCCUGCUCGCAGCCCCCCUCUCUUUUAUGAGCAGCGAGGCGGAGGAGCGGCAGCGGGGGACACCAGGAGGAGCAUUUCUUCCCCGGGGUUUAUGAAUGGCACUGACAUGGAGGAAAUACCGUUUCAGAAAGUCAAGACCAAGAGGAAGAAGUGCUGCCACUGCUGCUGCUCCCCGCCGGCUGCCGCGGCGGCGGGAGCGGGAGCCGGGCUCGGGGACCCCCCUCCCUUGCUGCUGCUGGAUGCCAUCGCCUGCGAGGACGAGUUUGACUGCAAGGAGCUGGAGGCUCUCUUCCAGAGCUACAACCUGAAGCUGGAGCAGACGUCCACCCUCAAGGCGCUGGCCGUCCUCAUCGUGCUCACCGCCAGCCUGGCACUGGUGGAGCUGCUCUCCGGCCCCAGCCUGACUAUCUCCAAAGGCUCACACCCGGUGCACUGUAUCAUCUUCCUCUCCCUCUUCAUCGUCACCAAUGUCAAGUAUCUGCAGGUCACCCAGCUGCAGCAGAUCGUCAAGCUCACCUUGCUCUUCAGCUUCACCUUCUCCUUCCUCUGCUGCCCUUUCUCGCUCGGCGCCUACGGCAUGGAGCCCCCCAGCGCCCCCGAGCAGGGCAUGUGGCAGCUCAUGCUGGUCACCUUCGUCUCCUACUCGCUGCUGCCCGUCCGGACCCUGCUGGCCAUCGUCUUCGGGCUGGUGGUGUCUGUCUCCCACCUCAUCGUCACCGCCACCUCCGUCAGUGCCAAGCGGCAGCGGCUCUGGAGGACGCUUGUGGCCAAUGCAAUCCUUUUUGUCAGUGUAAAUUUGUAUGGGGUCUUUGUGAGGAUUUUGACAGAAAGGGCUCAGAGGAAGGCGUUCCUUCAGGCCAGGAACUGCAUAGAGGACAGGCUGAGGCUGGAGGAUGAAAAUGAAAAACAGGAACGUCUCUUGAUGAGUCUUUUGCCUAGGAAUGUUGCAAUGGAAAUGAAGGAAGAUUUCCUGAAGCCUCCUGAAAGGAUUUUCCACAAGAUUUACAUUCAAAGGCAUGACAACGUUAGCAUUUUGUUUGCCGACAUUGUGGGGUUCACUAGUUUGGCAUCACAGUGUACUGCCCAAGAGCUGGUGAAGCUGCUGAAUGAGCUGUUUGGCAAAUUUGAUGAAUUAGCUACAGAAAACCACUGCAGAAGAAUAAAAAUCCUAGGGGACUGUUACUACUGUGUAUCAGGAUUGACCCAGCCCAAAACAGAUCAUGCCCAUUGCUGUGUUGAAAUGGGACUGGAUAUGAUUGACACCAUCACAUCUGUUGCAGAAGCCACAGAGGUUGAUCUCAACAUGAGAGUUGGAUUGCAUACAGGCAGGGUGCUUUGUGGGGUCCUGGGUCUCCGAAAAUGGCAAUAUGAUGUCUGGUCAAAUGAUGUGACUUUAGCUAAUGUAAUGGAAGCUGGAGGACUGCCUGGGAAAGUUCACAUUACAAAGACCACCUUGGAGUGCCUAAAUGGGGACUAUGAGGUAGAACCAGGAUAUGGUCAUGAAAGGAAUAGUUUCUUGAAGAAGCAUAAUAUUGAAACAUAUUUUAUUGUGCCAUCCCAUCGUAGGAAGAUAUUUCCUGGACUGAUUCUUUCAGACAUUAAGCCUGCCAAAAGAAUGAAGUUCAAGACAGUCUGCUACCUGCUUGUUCAACUCAUGCACUGUCGUAAGAUGUUCAAAGCAGAGAUCCCUUUCUCCAAUGUCAUGACGUGUGAGGAUGACGAUAAGAGGAGAGCAUUAAGGACAGCCUCUGAAAAACUCAGGAAUCGUUCCUCUUUUUCUACCAAUGUUGUAUACAACACUCCAGGAACUCGAGUAAACAGAUACAUCAGCCGUUUGAUAGAGGCCCGGCAAACAGAGUCUGAGAUGGCUGACUUGAACUUCAUUACCCUGAAGUAUAAGCAAAUUGAGCGUGAAAAAAAAUACCACCAGCUUCAGGAUGAGUACUUCACCAGUGCUGUAGUUCUCUCACUAAUUCUAGCUGCCUUAUUUGGCCUUGUCUACCUUCUAAUAAUACCACAGAGUACCGUAGUUCUUGUUCUCCUGGUGUUCUGCAUAUGCUUCCUAGUGGCUUGUAUUAUGUACCUACAUGUCACACGAGUACAAUGUUUUCCAGGGUGCCUGACAAUACAAAUUCGUACCAUUUUGUGUAUUUUUAUUGUGAUCUUAAUAUACUCCGUGGCUCAAGGAUGUGUGGUUGGCUGUAUGCCUUGGGUUUGGAAUACCAAUUCCAGCAGUUCAAUAGUCAUCAUUUCUCCUGGUGGAACAAAUAAAACAAUGAACGAACUUCCAUGUGACACAGCCCACUAUGCUUUCCUUUCCUGUGUAGUGGGGACUCUCACCUUGGCAAUAUUUCUACGUGUAUCUUCCUUGCCAAAAAUGAUUCUCCUGCUUUUUGUUACAAUUUUGUACAUAGUUAUUCUGGAACUCAGUGGUUAUAGAAAAGCAGUGGGGGGUGGCUCCUUUUAUAUGCGUGGCUAUGAACCAAUACUAGCCAUUUUGCUAUUCUCUUGUGCUUUGGCACUGCAUUCCAGACAGGUGGACUUGAAGCUGCGUCUGGACUACCUCUGGGCUGUGCAGGCAGAAGAAGAGAGAGAUGAUAUGGAGAGAGUCAAGCUGGAUAAUAAAAGAAUUCUCUUCAACCUGUUGCCAGCACACGUUGCACAGCACUUUCUUAUGUCUAAUCCAAGAAAUAUGGACCUUUAUUACCAGUCAUAUUCACAAGUGGGAGUGAUGUUUGCUUCCAUCCCAAAUUUCAAUGAUUUCUACAUCGAAUUGGACGGCAAUAAUAUGGGAGUGGAAUGUUUACGCCUAUUAAAUGAAAUUAUUGCUGAUUUUGAUGAGCUUAUGGACAAAGAAUAUUAUAAGGACAUAGAAAAGAUCAAGACAAUUGGAAGUACAUAUAUGGCAGCUGUGGGACUCGUACCUACUUCAGGAACUAAGGCAAAAAAAUCAAUUUAUUCCCAUCUGAGUACACUGGCAGAUUUUGCAAUAGAGAUGUUUGACGUUCUUGAUGAAAUCAACUAUCAGUCUUACAAUGACUUUGUUCUACGAGUUGGUAUUAAUGUCGGGCCGGUAGUAGCUGGAGUCAUUGGAGCCAGAAGACCACAGUAUGAUAUCUGGGGGAACACUGUAAAUGUUGCCAGCCGGAUGGAUAGUACUGGAGUGCAGGGGAAAAUUCAGGUGACAGAAGAAGUUCAGCGGAUAUUAAAAAGGUGCAGUUAUGAAUUUGUGUGCAGGGGUAAAGUCAGUGUAAAGGGAAAAGGCGAAAUGUUGACCUAUUUCCUGGAAGGAAAGGCCGAUGGAAAUAAUUCACAAACACGGUCUUUAAACUUAGAGCGGAAAAUGUACCCUUACGGGAGAGCAAACAUUCAAACAAAACUGGGCACCAGCUGUCCGUCGGUGUCCUCAGUUGCUAGCUUUACUGUAAAAGCUGGGCUUGGAGCAGGUCAAGCGUCUGCCACUCACACAAAUCAAACACUGCAUUAUCUUCCUUCUGUGCCAGCUGUGAAGGAGGCGUAGAGCAAAGGAGAUUUGGUUGUGCCAUUUGCAGUGAACUUGGAGAGUGAUGGUUGCCUGAAUUUUUACCAAGAGAUCAGAGGUCAUAGACCAUGGCAUUAACCAAGGACCACUACAACCCAACCAAAGAGAACUUGGGGACUGUGUAACGAACUCUUGGGAUGGAACAUAUAAGGGCUAGCAAUUCUGUUAGGAAAAGUCAAAACCUGAUUUUCUGGAAAUAAGGGAUAUUUUCUUGGCAUUUUUAAAGGAUAAAUGAAAAAAAAUGAGAGAAACAUGCAAGCAAUUAUUUAUGUGUGUGUGUAUAUAUAUGUUUUAAUCUAUAUAUGCACAUAUACAAAGUCCUGUGUAGAGUUAAUAAGAUUUAUAGAGAUAAACAUAAAAAUAUGUAUUUAUUUACACAUCCACCUGCAAUGACAGCAAAGAGAUUUCUCUUUCUGUCACAGCCAGCAUUGUUGGGUCUGGGAUUAGCAAAGCUGCAUUUAACUGUGGAGUGUGGGGCAGCUGAAGACUCUCCAGGGCUACAGCAAGAGUCAGAGAAACUGCGCUCAGUGCAUGAGUUAAAGCAAUGAGAACAGCGUCCAUUGUGCUGUCAAUGGCAGAUUAAUGAAGACUGGAUUCAGCUAAUUGCUAAACCCUAUGUAUUUUUUAAAACUCUCCUUGCAUGCUCCAAAAAGUUCAAAAAAAUUCCAGUUCAAAUCGUAACACUAGGAUAUGAAAUAGAUAAACCACAGAGCUUAAAGGUUUGGCAAAAGAACAUUAUAUAUUCUUUCAAUUUUUUAUUUUUUUUUUUAAAAAGGGUGGUAGUUUAGAAGUUGCUGCAUUUUCACUAGUCAUUUGACUCUGUGCAAGACAGAGGAGGCACCUGGCAAGCACAGCAAUAUGCUUAUGCAAUAUAGAAACAUUCCUUUGUGUACAGUGCUGAAUUUAUUGAAAAGCAGAAGAAUGGUAUUAUUUCAGGCUUUUACAAACAGCACAGUUCCUGUGGCUCAGUUCCAGGAUUUAGCUUUACCUUUCUAAACAGUUCAAAGAAUAGUCUUGUACUGGUGACAAACAUGCUGUUUCUAGCUUUGUGACAAUUGUAUGUUUGCCAACAUAGUCUUAAGUCUUAAUUGAUUUUUAAAUUGAUGCCAUGGUUUUAUUAUAUCUUGAUUCUACCCAGGCUCAUUCUUCAAAGCUGUACAAUUAUAGAAAGCUAUAAUUCUGAGAAACAAGCACAGUCAAACUUUGCCCAAAUGAGGAGCACACUGGUAAACGUGCCAGGAGAGUGAGGCCUGCUCUUAAUCUGCAUAAAAGGGAACAUAUGCUUUUUCCUUUAAUGCAGCCCACAUCCUAUUGUUCAUGGUUUCAUCCUGAAACAGUGAUUGGGAUGUGAAAUGUGGAGUGCAGCUCCGUACUCGAGGUGGGGGCAGUUGGAGGUCAUCCUGCUGAGUGAUAUGUGCUCCAUGGAUAGGUGCUAUACUGUCCUGAUGGAGAUGCACAAGCCAACCAGCCUCACUGCUUUCCAAAAGAGAAGCAAAACUUUACGUUGUCUAAAAACAUGCAAAACUUCCUUUUAACUAAAAAAAAAUAACACACCUCCCCCCUCAAAAAAAACCCAAACCCAAAAAACCCACCCAAGGCUGCAGAACUUGUCCAGAUUGUAUUGUAGAAAACUUGCAUGUCACAUUUCCCUUUGGUGGGCCUAUUUUAUUACUGAUUUCAGUGGAAAGAAGAUUCUGAGUGAUUCUCCUGCAAUCAGCAUUUGCUUUGGAGCAGUCACUGUUUGUGUUAGAAGUAUAUGGACAAAUACUUUGUCAACAAAUGCAAAUGGUUAAGUAAAUAUUGCAGGAGUUUCCAUUCUCCAUGUAGCCAUAUCAGGCCACUGUGGGACUCUUGUGGUUUUCAGCAAGGUUUUUAUUUAAUUUUUAUAUACACCUUCAGCUAGGUGCUUCAUUACAAUGCUAGCAAAAUUAGUGUUGUGAUUAAAGUGGCUAUAAAAAACUGAGAAUUGCUUCCUAACUGUACUAGGUGUAUGCACCCUGUCUGAUCUGUGGAAAAUCACUGCAUUUCUUUAUCUCCAUAACAGCUAUCCAGUUCACAGAUACUCUUCUAGAGUAAUUUAAUUCUGGUUUUGAGGCAUUCAAAGCCAUUUAAAGAAAUACCUGUAGAGAAUAUAGAUUUAAAAGAACAAAUGUUUACAUAAUUAAACUGAAUAAGUGGUAUCCAUGUAAAGCACACUGCAUAUUUAUGUUUUCUAACAGAUUUGUAAGAACUAAAUCGUCAUACAGAUAAUUUAAAUAUUUAACCAAAAUGGAACGCAUUAUGUGCAAUAGCAUUAAUCACUCAGUUCCACUCACAAAGAGCCCAUGUUACACAAUUUUUCAAUCAGGGAAUCUGGUAUAAUUUCAUGGAUAAUAAUAAAACAUUAUUUUUACAUGUGCUGUUAUUAAAAGCAUGUUCAGAUCCUGGCGGUAGAUCUGGUAGUAUGUGAACACAUAGACCAAAUACAGCCAUUGACCCACCCCAAAAGUUUACAAAGAAAUUAUUUCUUUGUUACUUCUUCAAUAGAUCCAGGUUGGAGGCAUAUUGCCAUUGUUUCUUUUAUCACUCAGUGAGCAGAAGUGAAUCAUCCCCUACACUAAUAUUUUCAGGACUGUUCUCAUCCCCAGACUCAUUCCCAGACUAGUCCUGAAGUAAUGUCAGUGGAAGAUCAUGUAACAAGGUAAAUUUGGAUUACUCAUUUUAAUAUUUUAAAAGAUUAGCAGGUGCUAGUAGAAUUACUCCAAAGUUUUUCUAAGCCUGAUCCUCCUCUCCAACAGUCAAAUGAGACACAUGACUUUUGUAAGAAUGUUUUCCAUGUUGAAUAGAAAGGACCAGACAGGCGCAGUCUGUCAUCAGCUUCUCAGUCAGCACUUUUUGCAGGAGAUCUGUGCCUCCAGAGCACGUUGAGUGGACCAGGAUGGCUUCUUGGUGCUGCAGCCAGUCCAGUGUGCAUGCGCUAGCUCCCAGCAUCAAUGAUGGUGUGUUUGGAGUCAGUUUCCAGACUUUGUUGGAGUCCUACCAUUAACAUUUUUUGUAUUUUAUUGUUGUUGUUGUUGCUGGUUUUACUAAGGGGAAAACUAUAUUUUUCUUUGUAGUCCUGGACUGAGCAGUACAGAAUCACGAAGAAAGUUCAGCCAAGGCACAAAUUAGUAAAAAGCCAUGUGAAAAUGAUAAGCAAUAUUCAGCAGCCAUUCCAACAGGGAAAGCUAAAUGCCUGUUGAAAUGCCUGUUGAAUGAAGCUGUGCUCUUCCCUUUAUGCUUUCCCUCCCUAUUUGUGCAAUUUUGCCCCAUUUUCUUUCUCUGUAUACAUUUGUUUUAUUUCAGCUCUUGUGUGAUAGCUUUAAAUGACAGAUUUAAUCUCGCUCUUCUUCUGUGUUCUUUGAUAUGUUCAGUAAGUUUUAUACAUGGAAAGAGUUAGUAGUAGUACUUCCGAUAACCCCACAAAUGCACAUUUUCUACCAAGUUAGAGAAGCUUAUCAUCAAAUUUUUAUUGGCAAUUAGCUGAAGAUAAUAUGUGGCCCACUCCAAUAUCCCUGAAAAUCAUCAGAAGGAUUUCCUUGGAUUUCUGUGGGAUUUGGAUUGUGUCCACCUUAGUCUAUGCAGUUGUAUUUCCUAUCUCGCAUUUAUUAAUUUUCUGGUCAAGCUCUGUAACUUUUGCCUGGGUGACCUUGCUGUAGCCCCAGCAAGGAGUCAGUUCUGCCCCACAGUAUCCAAAAGUUCCUCACAUUGUUGCAUUGAGGGCAGAAUAGUCUCCUGCACUUCUGUUCACUGUUUUGUGCAGCUGUUAGCUUGAAACAAUUAACAGAUACGAGCCCUACAACAAAGUGAUGCCAUUUUGGCAUGUUGAUGUCCGUCAGUAGCAAGCACAAUAUAUCACAUGAGUUUGCACGUUUUCUCUUUCAGAUAAUAGUAAUAAUUGAAGUCUUUCAUUCUUUAUAUAAGGAGAUGUGUAUCAGAGAUCUUCAAACUUCACUGUCUUGGGAGCUAAUUUCAAAGUGUUCCUAUGCUACCUUUAUCUUUAAAUUUUUUAAUUGUAUUCUCUGCUGACAUUACAAACUGGCAUUCAGCUGAAUUACUGGCUAGAUAUUUCCAAACAUUUUCCAUUGCCAUUGACUGGAGAGCUAUUUUAUCCAGCCUGUAAAAUGCGUUGUUUUUUGUAGCUGCUUCCCACUGUGGCAAGUCACACUCCCUUGUAUUCACUAAAACGGAUGCAAAUUCUCCCUUGCUUUCUCUAGGUAAGACUUAGAGCAAAAAGCUUCAGCUCAUUAGGGCCAAAUCUGCAUCCCUUAUGUACCCACAAGGCCUGCAGAAAUCACCAGGAGUUUAGCAUGCUUAUGAAGGUCAGGAGUUGAGCUUCUGUAGGACAAGUUCUGCUUUGGGUUACAGCAAUGUCUGGCGUUGGUACUGAACUGAGUAUUUUACAACACUGUAACCGAGAGUAGGUCAUGCGCCUAAAUCUCUUUCACACUUUUGCCUGUGAUUUAUCUGUAAGGCAAAAGAAAGUACUUGGGAGUCACUGUUCGAAGGGAAACAGUGUAUGAUCUGUGCCAUUUCAGUGCUUUGAGGAGUCUGAACACAUUAGUAAGUAGCGUGAAUCAUUUUCAUGUGUUGAAUUCCUGCUUGUAGCAGAAACAAAGUGUUUUCUUUACAUCAGCAAGUCCAGAUUCUGUAUGUGUUCUGCCCAGGCAGGAGGACUAUUUAGCCAUAAUGUUCUUUCAAGUUAGAGUUUUGUAUUACAGUGAAAACCAACAUUUUUUAAUUUGUGAUAAACCUGUAUUAUAAUGCCUUAUUUAUUUUUAAUCUUGUACAGUGUUACAAAACAACAGAAAACAUUGGCCUUUCAUGUAUUAUUCACUUUAAAAGAUGUAUUGUAUUAUGAAAUUUUGUAAAUAGUUUUAGCUCAGACAGGUAACUGCAUGUACACUUGUAUAAAAAGAGGCAAAAGGCACACUUUUAAAAAAUGUUAAUGAUUUUUGUAAGAGACAUUUUACAUGUGCAUGGAGAUUAUAAAUCUUUUGGAAAUGGACGUCCUUUUGCUUUUCCUUGCAAUCUACUGCAUGCCACUCAUGCCUGACUUCAGUAAAACAAAACAAAACAGUAAGUUUUCCUAAAUGUUUUUGACAUAUCACUUCUGGCACAGAGUUAAAUCCACUAGUUGCAUGUGCAUUCAGCAAAGCAAAAUCAAAAUGCAAACAGCAAAUAAAGAAGAAAACUAAUUUAACGAUUGUGAUCUGCCAACCUCAGUGUUCCAAGAUCCAUAAUACAGUAUAUGAAAAGUGUUAUCAACAUCUAUGCUGUCUUCAUAAGGUACCUUCUGGUCAUUAGAAGCAAUAAACUCUACUUACUGUAAUAUAAAAAGCAAGCAGAUAUUCUAGUUCAUAAUGGUGUAAUAUCUGACAUUCAGUGGGUAUUCUCUGAUACUGCAUUUGAUGUAGUAUUUUCAUCAAGAAGGACCAAGUGUCAAAUCCAUCAUUGCUGUAUGCAGGUGCAACACUAUGGAAGGUAAAGGAGGUGAAUUUGGCCCAUUGACGUUACCCAGAGUAUAUUUCUAAUGUGAUAAUAAGUUAUUGUAUGUGAAUAAUGCAAAUAGAUUGUUUUUCUAGAUACAUACAUAUGCAUAUAUAUGUAUGUGUAUAUAUAGAUAAAUUAAUUUUGUUGCCUUAUUUUCAUUAGCUUUUUUGACUUGUUUUCCAAGUAACUUCUAUUGAUAAGCAGAAAGUAUUUAACAGAACUAUUAGGAGAAGAUUCACUGGGUUCUCUGGCUUUGAGCCGUCUGGGUUCUGUGCUGAUGCUAUUCCUGCUCACACUAAAGCCAUGCUUACAGGGAUGCCUCCCUUAGGCACCACAGCCUAACCCACAGCUGGAGGCCCAUGUCAGUUAGUGACAUAGGGAUAAGAAAUCCAUAUCCAAUCCUCUAGCUGAUUUUUCCCAUAUUGCUGCUGAACAAAACUUUAAAUUCUGGAGGUAUUUUGCAUACUUUAAAGAUGUCGUAUCUGUGUCACUACAGCUCGGGACUACUUCUCAAAUUACUUAUUUAAUUGCUGUAUGAUAAAUGAGGAGUAUUGCAGGAGCAUAACACUGAGGUUGGUGGCAGAGGAAAAAGGCUGUGGACUGUGAAUACUUUCUACUAUGGAUUAAUAAGGACUUCUUGUAUUUUACAGAUUUGAGCUAGUUUUAUAAUAGGACUUAGAAAUCCGUUAAUUUGUUUCUUUAAUCAGGUGACUGUGAGGUUAACUAAGCAGUACAGCUUCUGCAAGUACUUUUGUCAUCAUAAGUUAAGAUGUUGAUUCAUACAACGUAUCCCAGUUGCCUGCAUACAAGAACCACUACCUUGUACUGAUGAUUGGCCUCAUAAAGCAGUUAAGGGUUUCUAACAGUCUUAAACUAACUCAUCUCAAAUUCAGUGAGUUUUACAUCUCAGUGUGGCAUAACUGUUGUGACUAAUGACAAUCUGGACUCUGCUUCUCCACCUCAACCCUGUUUAUGAUUGGCUUUUUCCAGAACUCUGUAUAGGCUUUUUUUAGCUCUUCGUUCCUCUUAAUCCCAUCUCUCACUGAGUUUUCAGGCCAAAUCUAAAUAAUUAAUAAAUAUGUAAAUGUAAAUAAAUGGAAAAAAGUACACAUAAGGGGGGGCUGCCUGUUGCUUUUUAAUUACUCUUCAAAAUGUCACACUGCUUGGGUGGCCUGGUGUGACUUAUAAUCUGAUGGGUACAAGGACAAAAACAGGAAAAGAAGAAAAAAAACCCAACCAUAAAGUUAGCAGGAGUACCAAAUAACAAAAAGAAAAGAAGCCUGUGAGUUACCAAUUGCUGAAAGGAAAAGGUGAAAAGCCAGUACUCCUUUUGAAGUCAGAGAUAAAGCUUUCAGUGACAUGGGACAGGUCUUGAGUAUCUGAGCUGGCAGAGCUCAACCAGAUUCCUAGUGCAACAAAAAUAAGGCUUGUGUUUAAAUGCACAGCCAGAUCCAUUUUUGAGUUUUUGUGUCUGUUCACAUUCACAAGAAUGUUAAAGAUCUCUUGGUGAACUACUUUCAGAAUUUCAGAAGGAAUUAUUAGAAAUGGUUGGGGGUUGUCACCUUUAAUGCCUAUUUUCUGAUCAUGAGGAAGCACCUUGAAAUUUGAAUUAGCAUUGGUUAAGGUACAUAGCCUGUGUGCUGAAAGGACUUGGUUUUGCUUGUGCCUUACUGCAUGCUGGAGGAUCUGCUUCUUUAUAUUAGGAUCCCCGUUUUAUGCCUUCUGUGGCAUCAGAGAUGUCACACCUGCAUAAAACUGAAGGAACAAACAGUGCUGCAUCACUGUGAAGCUUUUUUACUACUUCCUUUUCCUACUUUGGUUUACUACCAGCACAGCUAUGUGAGUGCAAGGAGUGCUCCAAGUGUUUAUGGAGGGAGGCCAUACACAGGUAUAUGUGGAUCCAAGCUAAAUAAGAACAGAUUUCCUAGAAAGCUCAGCACACACAAUUAGCUGAGUUUGCAGAAAAUCUGCCCAGAUUGUUUGGAGCUCCUUUGAAAAAGCUGGCUGCACUCCUCUUCAGAACAGGCUUACACAACACAUUGAUUAAAAACAUCCAGAACACUUACCUACAGCUUGUAACCACACUGCCACGUUUGCUAGAUGUAGGUUAGACUGCUGGUGGUAAAACAGCUAACAGUUCUCGUUAUGGGCAAGACUAAGGUGUUCUUUAAUUACUGCGGUUCUGUACACUAUUGUGUCUUACUUUUAAGUGCCUGAUCUGCUGCUUUGAUCCUAGGCCUGUCAAUGGUGGCAUCAGUUACGAAAAAUUUGAACUGGCACAUUGAAGUUAUUUAGGUGAUUUUUCAUGUCUUUUACUCCUUAGUGUGCAUGGGUACAAAGGUUGUCUGUUUUUACAUUUCAAAUGCCAGUUGAUUGAUAUAUAAAGAAUUUUCAAUGAAACGUAGAUGAAAAUUACUUGUGCCAUCACAAAAUAGCUUCAUGAUAAUUACAUUUUUAAAUCGUUACAGUAGAAAUCCUUCUUCACUUAUAACUCCUGCUUUUUUUACAGUAACAUUACUAGGGUUCAAUUAAGAAGUAAAGUGAUUGUAUAACUUGCUCCCAUUUACAAGUACAAUUGUCUGCACAAGUUUGGACUUAGACAAAGCAAAUGUUGAGUUUGUUUUCUGCAUUCAAGCAGCUGGUUAUUACACGGUGGUAGCUUUGGAAAAUGUUCAGAAUACGGUAAGAAUUAAAGUAAUGCUUUCAGAGUAACUAGUCUAAAAACCAGAGUCCAAGAGCAGUUACCAUUUCUAGUGUAAUUUAAGCCUAUAUUGAGAAUUCUAGAGCAGUGAUAUUAUUUUCAGUGAAAUUCUGACAGAGGUUAAAAACCUCUUCUUGGAGGUUCUUUUUCCAUAAGGUACUUGUGUGUAGAUUUGUCUGUGUGCAAAUCAUCAGUUUGUACACAGAAUGUGGAUAAUGGUGCAAAACAGUAGUAAUACACGUAUUUCACAGUUUCAGGCAGAUUUAGCCAUAUUUGACUCGUAUCUUAAAAUCUCUGCCACUAAAACCUGUGCUGCAACUCACAUCUGUCUGGAUUUUAUCCUGCUGAUUAGUCCUCGUACUCUCUGCUGUCAGGAGGUUAAUUUUUGCCAUUCUGGUAUAUGUCCAUAGGUUCUGCUUAGAUGUAAGAUGUGAAGUAUUUUUCUGAUCUGUUAAUUGAAAAGAUUUAAAAGUGUGUGUGACUCCUUCUUUUUAUAAUUAAAUGUUCAGCAGCCUAAGGUAGGAAACAAAAAAACACAUGGAUCAUGUGUUCUACAAUCAAAAUUGGUCUGCCUAAAUAUGACGACGCAGUGUCCGUUGUAGGCUUACCCAUAAUUUUAAUCAUCCUAGAAACAUUUAAAUGUAAUCAACGCCAUAGUAUUAAGAACAAAAGGAGCAGGCAGGCCUGCCUGCCUCUUAACAUCAUGUCAUUCUUCUUUGGAUGUAAAAAAGGGACCUGCAGCUCAUAAAACACUGCUUCUUAAGAAAUCGGUGCCCCUGCUGCCCUUAACUCACCUUCAGUUGUUCAGUGCCAUCACAUUUUUGUUGCAGGUGGUUACUGUCCCCUCAGGCCUGCUUACCAUCUCCCUCUAUAGGUCUUCCAUCACAUGGCUGUCAAACUCCUUCUUUUUCAAAAAGAAAAUAUAUUUCCAAAAAGCAGAUUGUUCAUAUAAUAGGUGUUUAGGGGAAAAGAAAUAGCUUUGACAUAAUCUAGUCAGGAAGCAGUACAUGUGACAGCAGACUUGAAAGGGCGAAUAAACGUACCCUGUGGUAGGAGCACAGGCACCAGCAGCUGGCACCAAGCUGGGCAGCGAGGCUUAGCCCUGCCAGCUGCAGGCAGAGCAGUGUCUCUGCUCGUGUCCCAAAAGAAGAGACACAGAUAAGCAAGAGUGGGGUAGCCUAAUUCAUGUUCCCUAGCAGUUUACUAAACACAUGCAAACCCAUUUCAAGGGCAGUCGUGUUAUAUGCGUCUGGAUGCCACUUUUUAUUAAAAAAAUAAGAGCAAGGAAAGAUACAAUCUUGGGGGUUUAUAAGGCUGGUUGAAUGAAGUAUUCAGUAAGAAGACCAUGCAAGAGGAAUCUUAUCAGCUGCUUAACCUGCAGAUGUUUGCAGCAAAUUGUGCAUUGCUUCCAAACUAAUUUGAAUAUUCAGCUUAGACUUUGGAAAAAAAAAAUUUGCAUCAGGUAGAGAUACUCCAUUCCUCAAAGGGAAAACCAAGUGUAUUAUUCUCUCUAUUUAAUUGGCAUAUGAGGUUUCAGAAAAUCUUGUAGUCUUAUUUACAGCCAAAUAAAGUUAAUGGAAAUAUUAACUUCAAUGAUUGUUGAAUGGUUAGAUCAGGCCUUAUUCUAAGGUCUAUUCUUCUGCCACUGAUGUCAAAUGGGGUACUGCCAGUGACUGCAAAGGGACCAGGGGGAGGCCUACUGUAUCACAAUAGAAACAUCUACAUAGGCAAAUAAAAUGAAUAGUCCUAACUUUAAGGAAUGAACUAGCAAGUCAAGAUGUCAUUUUUCCAACUAUUGUAGCCCACUGAACCUAUAAAUAAAUUUUAUAUCUAUAUAGCUAUACACUAUAUAUAUAGAUAUGUAUGUACAUACAUAGUACUAUACAAUAACUUAACACUGGGUAACUUCUAAUGAUAGAUUUGCAUUAAUAAUACGGGUCUAUUUUUAUGUAAAUAGAAUAUUGUAGAGUAUCUUCCAGUCUUUUUCAGGAUUGUUAAAUUGAGAAGAGCAAUUGAAUAUUUGUCCUAUUUUUAUGUUAAAAAGUGAAUGGACUGAAAUGUUAAAUGUGAAUGUAAAUUUCUUAUUGCAACUUUUAUACUGAGUGUUUGCACUAUUAUAAUUUCUGGAAUCUAAUUAAAAAUAAAGGAAAAA